AUGGUAUCCACGACGAAUUCGGUAGCUGGACCUUCUCGAGCCCGCGGACAGGACACCUGGGUACCCACCAAAUAUCUAGAACCACUCCAUCCGGAUAAUGAGGAAGUACACGAACAAGCUGCCUAUCAGGCUGCGGUGACUAGACAGGGCGGUGAUGAUAGGAAGAGAAAGAUCAAACCUAGAAGGGCGGUGGAUUACCAAGGUGGGGUGAUCAAGUGGAGAAUGUUGACGAAAAUGAAAGGGAUCAAGGAAUAUAGACCUGCGAUACAUCCAAACCCGUCUGAUAUUGUCAAUUUGUUACCUCCUGUAGCUCUUAGGCUGAACCCAUCCACAUCAAUAUGCGAUCAAUGGGUGCAUACAUCUAUAAACAAAGAGAGAUCCCCCACCAGAGUAGUACAGUGGACACCAGAUGCUAGAAGGUUAUUAACAGGGAACGACAAAGGUCAAUUCACCCUAUGGAACGGAGCUUCAUUCAAUUACGAGUCCAUCACGCAAGUGCACGACGAUAGUAUACGGUCUUUCACUUAUUCGCACAAUGGUCAAGCAUUAGUAUCGACAGACAAAUUGGGUAUGAUCAAGUAUUUCACGCCGCACCUGACGAAUAUACAUGGGUUUCAAGGGCACAGAGAAGCUUGUCAUGGAGUCAGUUGGAGUCCGAAUGAUGAGAGGUUCGUCAGUGGUGGAGAUGAUGGGUUGGUCAAAAUUUGGAGCUAUAGAGAAGCUAGGGAAGAGAAGGUAUUGAGUGGCCACGGAUGGGAUGUGAGAUGCGUAGAUUGGCAUCCAACCAAAGGACUGAUAGUUAGUGGAAGUAAAGAUAUGUUGGUGAAAUUCUGGGAUCCAAGAACAGGUAAAGAUCUGAGCACAUUACACUCACACAAAUCAACGAUAAACACAUGUGUAUGGAGUCCAGAAGGACAUCUGGUGGCUACAGCAGGAGGAGAUGCUGUAAUUAGGUUAUUUGAUAUCCGGACGUUUAGGGAGUUGGAAGCUAUGAAAGGACAUGCGAAAGAGAUCAAUUGUCUAGAAUGGCACCCGAUCCAUCAUUCUCUGUUCACCUCCGGCGACGCAGCAGGGACGAUCAACCAUUAUUCCCUUACUUCGCCUACACCUUCCGAACCGAUUACAUCCCUAGCUUCAGCACAUGAAGAUUCAGUAUUCUCAUUAUCGUAUCAUCCUCUUGGACAUCUUUUAUGUUCCGGAUCUAAAGAUUUCACAGCUAGGUUCUGGCAGAGAGCAAGACCUGCUGGAGGACAUGAGAAGGAUAGGUGGCAUUUGGGAGAAGAGAAAGCUAUGAAUGCCACGCAAAGAGAUUCAGGUUGGGGAGAUAAAGCUACAACUACAGCUGCGGAGGAUACGAAAGUUGAUGGGAAUGGUGAAAUUGCUUUACCGGGAUUAUCAAACCUCGUCGCAGCAGUCAAUGCUAAAGUCGGUGGUGGGAUUGGUAAUAACAUACCCGAAGUGGCCUCCGGAGGGUUACCUGGUUUAGGAGCGUAUACGAAUAAUAGAGAAUCUGCAACUACCACCAGUCCCUUAUCGAUACCUCGAAUGGAUCAGAAUGGACCUCCUUCACAAAAUACCAAUAUGGGAGGAACUGGUGGAGGAACAGGAAGAGGUAGAGCACCACUGCCUAGUCAGGGCGAUAUGCUAAGACAGAAUAAUAUGGGUGGUGAAGGUGGAUCGGGAGGAUUCGAUGGUAGGAGGGAUAGGAAUGAUAAUAGGAGAGGUGGAGGGGGAGGGGGAGGGGGAGGGGGACAAGGGAGAUUUGGACAGAGGGGUGGAAAUGCGAAUGGAAAUGGUUACAACAAUGGACAAGGGAAAGGACCAGGUGGAUAUGGAAAUGGACCUGGACCUGGUGGUGGACCAGGGUUCAAUCAGAAUGGAGGAUAUGGUGCACCACCACCACAAGGUUAUGGAGCACUGCCACCAGGACAAACGCAAAAUGGUUAUAAUGGACCACCUCCUCCUCAAGCCUUCGGAGGACAAAAUCCGAAUCUCAAUCAGAAUCAGAAUUAUAAUAGUUAUGCACCACCUGGUGGGUAUGAACCACCACCGAUACAAGGACAGAUACAGGGAUACGGGCCGCCCCAGGGAUAUGCUCCGCCUGGUCAAAAUCAAUAUGGACCACCUGGACAAGGAUUUGGUGGACCACCACCUCCGCCGCCGCAGCAGCAACAAGGUCGUGCACCUUUACCUCAAGGGUAUCCCCAACAUGGUUUUGAUGCAAGGGGAAAUAACGGGUGGAGGUGA